CCGUCUUCAAUAUUAUGUCCGUUUAGAAAUCCACAGAGAGAAAAAAAAGUUCGAUAACGGAAGAAAAUGGCAAUUCUUAGAGCUUUCAAAACCACCACUCUCCCUCAAUUUUCCUCUUUAAUCUUCACUUCAAGAUCAGCGAGCACAUUGGUUGUGGCCGAGCAUGAAGGUGGUGCUGUAAAGGGUUCAUCUGUGAGUGCAAUAGAGGCUGCAAGGGCUUUGGAAGAUGGCAAUUCCAUUUCUGUUCUACUAGCUGGAUCAGGUCCGUCCCUUCAAGAAGCUGCUGCUCAUGCUGCCUCAUGCCAUUCCUCAAUUUCACAGGUACUUGUUGCCGAUUCAGAUAAAUUUACUCAUUCUCUAGCAGAACCCUGGGCUGGGUUGGUCCAUUUGGUUCAGCAGAAAGGUGGUUACUCUCACAUAAUUGCUGCUGCGAAUUCAUUUGGCAAAAACAUACUGCCACGUGCAGCUGCCCUUUUAGAUGUUUCUCCAAUUACUGAUGUCAUUGCUCUUUCUGGUUCUAGUCUAUUUAUCAGACCAAUUUAUGCUGGAAAUGCACUUUGCACUGUGCGAUACACUGGCACUAGUCCUUGUAUGUUGACCAUUAGAUCAACAUCUUUUCCAGUACCUGCUGUCUCAGCUAAUUCAAAAUCUAAUGAAGCUCCUAUUUCCCAGGUUGACCUCUCAACCUUUUUUGAAGAUUCUGUUGGUAAGUCUAGAUAUGUACAGCAUACAUCUCAGGACACUGAGCGCCCUGACCUUGGAAGUGCACGAAUAGUGGUCACAGGUGGUCGGGGAUUGAAAAGUGCUGAGAACUUCAAAAUGAUCGAGAAGCUUGCAGAAAAGCUUAGCGCAGCUGUUGGUGCUACCCGUGCUGCUGUUGAUGCCGGAUUUGUUCCAAAUGACCUCCAGGUUGGUCAGACUGGAAAAAUUGUUGCACCAGAAUUAUAUAUGGCUUUUGGUGUUUCUGGAGCCAUUCAACACAUAGCUGGCAUGAGAGAUUCCAGGGUCAUUGUUGCUGUAAAUAAAGAUUCAGAUGCACCUAUAUUCCAGGUAGCUGAUUAUGGGCUCGUUGGUGAUCUUUUUGAGGUGAUACCAGAGUUGUUAGAGAAGCUUCCAGAGAAGAAGUAGAUCUGUGUACCUGAAGUCUUCAAAUACCAAUGGAAUAAAAAACUUUCUUGUUCAUUAAAAAUGUUCAAAUUGGAAAAUAUAAACAAUAGUAAUAAUGAAAGAGCGCUAAUGCCAUGUUUCACUAAAA